AUCUGUCAGAGAAAUAGGUGGUGUUUGCAUCUAUUUUCGUGUUUCAAAGAAAUUAACAAAAAUCAGUAAAAAUGGAAACCCGUCGGUGUAAAAAGUCAAAAAGUCCAACAAAUGUUCGACUCUCUUUUGUAGAAGUGAAACAAGAACCGGACGAUGGAUUGUACGACUGCACUGAACUGCUUCAACCCCAAGGGGCACAGAAGUUCACACCAGAAACUGUAAACAAACACAGUUCCGCAUUACAACCGAAAGCAUCUGAGCAAAAAUCAUGUAAAACUUAUUACAGAAGAAGUCGUGCCACACAGGUCAAUGCAGAAGACAUUGACGUAAUUAGUGUAAGAAGUUUAGAUCUGUCUAACGUUCAAGCUGAAAAUAAACCGAUUCAACCUAUCGGACCCGAAGCGAUUAUCCCACAGUGUCGAUUUUGUCUGCGAAGAGUUUCACGAGCUAAUAUGAAAAUCAUUCUCAUGAAGCAUAAAACAAAAGCACUAGCCGCUUUCCAGAUACGUGUAUUCCCUAACGAUGCCUAUCCAUUUGCUUGUUCGAACUGCUUGAACUUGAUAGACAUUUUCCUGGACUUCAAAUCAUCUGUCACGAAGGCACGGAAUCUACUUCUGAAUAAAAGAAUGCAUUUGGAAAGUAAUGGGUGGGAUGAUGCGAUAUGCAUAGAAGCUUUCAACCAGUGUAAAACUGCCGUAGAACAACACCGGAUGCAGAUAGAUGCAAUCUAUGACGAGCAAAUUGCUAGAGAGGAAAGACGAAAUGCAUCUAUAUUCGAACCGAAAAUGGAGCUGAAUGUCGACGAACAAGAAAAAGCUCAUUCUAACGAUCUGAAUUUCGAUCACGAGCAAAGUACAGAAACAACAGAUAAUAUGAUUGAUGAUCCUGCGGUUGAGUUUAGAUUGGAAUCUGAUAUUAACGAAGUGGAACAAAUGUUAAUAUCCCACGCGGUUGAUGGAAAUGGUGAUAAUGAAAGUGAACUAAUCACCACUUUGAAUGUUGAUGUAAAUUCUGAAGGACCUGCUGAGAAUGAAAAAAAUGCAAAGAUUGCUUCUUCAAUUGAUGAGGACUACUUACCCCUCUCGAAGAGAAGAAAGGUAAAGGUACUCAAAUAUUCUACCGAAUCUGAACAAGGACUUGAAGAUGAAGACUACACUGUGACGGAUUUGAAUUCGUCGGAUGACGAUGACUACAAACCAGAAUCAUUGACAGCAACGUCAAAGAAAUCCAAAACCUCAUCAGAUUCCGAACAGGAGACAGACGAUGAGAUUUCCAUACCUGAAGAACUGGAUUAUGGUAAUAAAGGUAAACCUACACGUUCGUCAAAAGCUAAAGCGAAGGGGAAGAAACCUAGAAAACCUAGAAAAAAGCGGGAAUCGACAUUGAACAGACCACCGGAUUAUAAACCGCCAUCCAUCUUGCCAGUAUUAUGUGAUUUAUGUGGAGAAAAGGUGCGCCCUGAAACGAUUGAAGGUCACAGAAAUCGUCACCUAGGAAUUAAACCGUACACCUGUCCUGUUGAUUGUUGUGGGUGGACGUUUUACGGCCGUGCUAACAUGUCUACGCACAUGCGACGUAUGCACCCUGAAAAUGGUGUUCCAUCUCAGAAAUGCGACGUUUGCGGCAAAUAUAUCAGAGGUAAACCUGGAAUCCUGAACGAGCACAAAAAACUGCAUUUCCUGAAAGAGAAAAGCUAUGUCUGUCCAGUGUGUGGAAAAGGCUUCACGCUGAACAGAUACCUCAGACAGCAUUCGAUCAUACACACCGGACUGUUUCCGUAUGAAUGUAGCUACUGUGGUAAAAAGUUCAACAACAAAUGGAGUAUGAAGACUCAUGAGAAAAAUAUGCACGAAAAGAAAAAUCAAGCAUCAGCUAGUUACGAUUCCGAUCCGAUUAUAGAUGCCGCAGCAUCAGGACAUAACUAUGCAGAAUAAAUAGUUUCUAUAGCCUCUGAAAUACA